ACAGUGACUUUCGAAAGUCGAUGUCGCAGUCGCAGCAUUGUAUUUUUCAGUUGCCAAAAAUAUCUAACAAUCAACGGCGAAAAUGGACGUGGUGAAGAAAUUGGUGGCUUUUAUCGUUACUUUGGCUUAUUUAUCAUCAGCUAUUGCUGAGGAUAUCUGCGUGCAGAAAGGCCCAUGCUCUUGUGUGUUUUCAAAUGGGACCGGUAUUGACCUCUCCGCUGCGGUAAAGCCAACUUUUUACCAGGUGCAGACCUACGAGAGUCGGAAGAAUGGGACACAAUUCGAGCUCCAGACUUAUUACUUCCAUCCCUGCUUCGACGUGGAUCCUAAAGUGAACUCCACCAAGGAAGGGGACACUUGCGGGAAACCUUUGUCUAUAUGCCGUCAUGUGAACACGAUGGAUUUAAUUAAUGCCACCACUGAUACCUUUAAAAUAGACACUGGUGCUUACAACUACUUGGGUAGCACAAAUUUCACAAAGUUUACAUCUGAUGGCCGAUCCAUAGUAUAUGCCAAUGGACCCUCUAACUUGGCAAAAGAAACAAUCGUACUACUCGUAUGUGCUGAGACCGAGAGCAAUCUACAGGUGGUCUCUCUGAAAGAACCGGAUCAAAUUGUGCUCCAGUUCUACUCCCCUGAAGCGUGCCUGAGACAAGUGGAAGAGUUUGGGCGGUCGUUCGGCUCCACUCUCUGCAUCAUAUUCUUCUCGUGCGUGAUCUUCUACCUGGUGGUGGGCGUGCUCACGAGGAAGUUCCUGAUGGGAGCCACCGGCCUCGAGGUGGUGCCCAACUUGGCGUUCUGGACGGAACUGCCCAAUCUUGUGCGGGACGGCUGGUUGUUCGCGAUCAACGGCUUCAAGCUCCCAACCCGAGGCCCAGGCCCCGUCACCACCCCUGACCCUAACGGAUACGACAGCAUAUAACAGAGAAACGAACCCCACGACAUAGAGGGUCAACUAGUGUUCCUGCAGUAACACGGUGAAUGCACCUUCUGGACUUAUACACGUUCUAAUAAUCUAAAGCCCCUUUUUUAUCUCAGAUACUAAAUUGAAAUCGUAUACCGUUUCUGAACGGCCCAUCUACAAAUAUUGUCAUGUCGGCCAUUAUACAUUCAAUUGUCCCGCUGAUAGAACGAUAAUUCACUUGAUCGCGGGACAAUUGACUGUUGAUGAACCGUUCAGUAUCUGUCAAUUUAGUGUCCGAGAUUAAAAAACAAACUUUAGCAACAUGGUAAUGUGUCUUCUGGAGUUAUGUAUGUUGUAAGGAUUAUGGAGGAGGUUAGGAAAAGUGAUUUGAUGCAGCUGAAUUAAUUGUUUGUUAUAUUGUAGGUAAAUAGUGGAUGUGAUUCUGAAAGCACGAGUUUUAAAUUUAGCAAUGUUAAAACCAAAAUGGUUGGUAGAAAAAUGUACGCAGCAGCUUGUUUUUCGAAUAUUACGCAGCUAACCAGGGAAUCAUUCUAACAGUGCUAAAUUGAAAUCUGGUGUCUUCAGUAUCGCUACCAUUGUAAUCUUUAACGUGAAUGCUAUUGAUAUUUCAGUAUAUCUUUCUCAUUCGUUGUGACUAUUGGUUGCUAUUGUUUGUUUAGUUUGCAUGAAUAUUAUGGGUAAGUACAGCUUUACCCAAAAUUUCAAUAAGUAGCGGUUUUUUUAAAUAUUGGACGCUUUAAUCUCAGCCAAACCGUUGCUACUACCAAAUGUAGUAGAUAUUGAUAUAUAUAGUUCUAACAAUUUUUACUUUAGUGGAUGAUAUUCUAAUUAGCCACUAAUAACUGUAAUUAACAAUUUGCCUAUUACUGCUGCACUGCUACAUAUAAGAAAAAUAUAUAAAGCUUGUGUUACACUAAGUAUAAGUUAUAAUCACUAUACAGUCACUCCGUAUUAUAACAAUAUUUGGUGGCCCCUGUUUCAAAUUCAUAAAUGUUGUGAGUAGAAAAAGUGUUUGCAAACUUUACAUAGGAAUUUUGACAUUAAAUCCAUAAAAUACCCUCUGUUUACUUAGGUUUUCUCCUAGUACAGCUCAUAUGCUUGAAAAAGUUGUUCAAUCAAAAAUAUAAAUGUUGCUUAUGAAAAGUGUUAUUUUGAAAACGAGAGAUAUUCAUGUUCUAUAGCUGCUUUAGGAUUUCCCAGUUUUUAAACAUGGAUGAUUCAACUUUUUUAUUGGCAUGCGUUUAUAUGAAUAUAUGUAUGUGAUAAUGAGUGUUAGAUAAUAUAUUGCUAUCAUUUCCACUUCGUCAUCUCAUAUAUCAUCUAACUUGCCAUCAAGAUCAAAGAUUAUGUUAGUGUUUAUGAGUAUGUUAUUAUUUUAAUGUUUGCAAGUAUAUGUGUAAUCAUCUAAUCAUCACUAAUCGUUGUUAUAAACUAAAGUUGGGUUCGGUCAAAUAAAGUAUGCGACACUUUAUUUCCAAGUUUAGAAAUGAAUGUGCCAAUUUUUACUUACUUAUUAACAAAUUAUAAAUGCACAGUUGCAAUCCUUAUAAAUGUUUAUCGUUUUGUUUUAAAUAGUAGACUCUGGUCAGUAGUGUUACCUUUAGUUCAGUGGUACCUUUAAAUUUAACAUAUCCGCAACAAAAGCCUGUUUCACUAUGUUUCACGUCUCUUUGAAUCUAUUUUCUAGACAGUGACAAAUCGUAUUCCUCACAUAGGUAAUCUUUGUAGACAUUUUGAUAUAAGCAGUAAAUAUUUCAUACAAGAACUGGCUAUGUUUUUUCAUUUUCGAUAUAUAUCACUGAAUGAGAUAUUUUGUAAAUAUGGAUGUUACAUAAUUAUUAAAAUUAUAAAUGAUUGUAAUGCUAAGGCUUAUAGGAUAGCUUGGUUAAGUAUGGAAAGGAUAUUAACUUCUUAAAGCCAUUUAAACCUAAUAUUUUGUGGGGUAUGUAUUGUAUUAUGUAUAAAAAUUAUCGUAAUGUAGGAUUGGGUCUCAUUUAACCAACUAAAUAUUUUGAGAACCCUUUCACAUCGAUACUGAAAAAGGUUUAUAAAAAUAUAAUGUACCACAGUGUUUGGUAUAAGUAUGGCGGUAUAAGCCGUAUUAUAGAAAUAACUUUCGGUACGUACAGUCAGCUGCAUAAGUAGCUAUACACUUUUGUACAUUGUCCAUCUGAAACCGCCUAUCAUUCAUUGCAAUAUUGGCGGUUCGUCACGUCAGUUUGACAAGGUACAGAAGUGUACUACAAGUGUACUGUAAUAGAAGAAAAGAAAAGGAAACUAUAUAUUUAUAUAAAAUUUGUGAACUUGUAGCCAUCAACUGAAAAAAUUAUAUUACUAUAUCACUGUUUAAAUCCAAUAUUCCGU